CGAGAUUUGAGUUAUCUGCUCUCUGCUAUAUUUGAUUUUCUGUUUUGGGUCCUACCGACUAUUACUCUGUCUCAUCUCAUACUGUAUCUCUGUUUACUUAGUUUAGUUAUCGCCGCUAUUUUCCGUUACAUUGCUAUUUGCGGUUGCGAUCCGCUGCUAUUCAUGUGAUAUUUGUUAAUCUUUAGCGGUGCAUGGCGCCACUACCGCGAAAGAGCGCGACAGCGCUACACAAUCGCUAUUUUGAAGCCCGAUUUAAAAUAAUAAUAAUGAAAGGAGGAGAUGAAGGUCAAGUUGCUACAUGGCAUGCUGUUGCUUCAUGGACAUGGGAUGCCCAAGAUGAAACAUGUGGAAUUUGUAGGAUGGCCUUUGAUGGUUGCUGUUCUGACUGUAAACUCCCUGGGGAUGAUUGCCCGUUGAUUUGGGGAGCAUGCAACCAUGCUUUCCAUCUUCAUUGCAUCCUGAAAUGGGUGAAUUCACAGACUUCUCAAGCACAUUGCCCGAUGUGCCGUCGGGAGUGGCAGUUCAAAGGAUAACCAGCGAAUACAUUCAUAGAUUUACCAAAUUUGAGUUUUGCCUUUUGUUUUAUGCUAUCAUGCUUCAUGUGAAAUGAGCCAACAGUUUGAGCAUCAGCCUUAGUUGUCAAACUCUCUCCCUUUAGGGAAAUGGUUGUUAUUCAGACCCUU